AUGACAAACGUCACUUAUGAUCCCCAAACCACCAUCGCUUCGAUUCAGUUAGGACCCAGGUGGAGAGAUGUAUACGCCGAUCUAGCGCCCCAUAAUGUCGUCUCUAUGGGCGGUCGAGAUGGCGACGUCGGGGUUGCCGGCUUUUUGACCGGCGGUGGUAACUCUUACUAUGCCGGACGCGCGGGACUUGCGAUCGACACCGUGGUCAACUAUGAGAUUGUUCUGGCCUCCGGCAAGGUUGUGAACACGAACAAGUCAAGCAACCCGGAUCUGUGGAAAGCACUCAAAGGUGGCUCCGGCUCCAGCUUCGGAAUCGUCACCCGCUUCGACGUUGAAACCUUGCCGGCUGUGCCACUCUGGGGAGGCAUGGCGGUACACAACCAAACGGCAUCAAAUCAACUUGCCACUGCGCUGGUGAAUUUCAACGAAAAUAAUUACAAGAAUCCACAGGAUGCAUACCUCCUUUUGUCGACAUAUAAUAGUCUCGUGCCCUCGGACACCAUCAUUGCAAGUGUGAUUAUCGACACCGAAGGGACUGUGAAUGCGUCAGCAUUUUCAGAGGCUCUGCAAGUGCCGGCAAUCCAAACGGACAGGAAGACUAGGAGUUUGGAAGAGGUCACUGUAGCCUAUCAAAACCCAGGCGGGGCACGGAUCGUCCGGUUCACUCUGACCACCAACAACGACGUCGAGAUAGUCAAACACAUCUGGCAGAGCCAUGACCAAAUCGUCGAGGAUUUUAAGGCCUCUCUUGGCAGCGGCAGCUUUUCCACUCAAUGCGUUGUCCAGCCUCUCCCAGCCUAUUUUGCCGAUAUUAGUGUCAAAAAGGGCGGCAAUGUCCUAGGCUUAGAUUCUGUCAACACCAACUCCAUCCUGUGGCUUGGUACGGCUGCGUACCAAAAUGCGACAUACGAUCAACUGGUGCACGGGAAAAUGCAGAACUGGACGGCAAACAUACAGUCUUUUGCAAAGUCAAGGGCAGGCGCUGUGCAAUGGCAAUAUGUCAAUUAUGCGGAUUCAAGCCAGAGCCCUCUCGGCAGCUAUGGAAAUGCCAACGUCGACUUCAUUCAAAACAGUAGCCAAGAAAUACGAUCCCACCAGCAUAUUCCAGUUUCUAGUUCCUGGUGGGUUCAAAAUAUCAAAGACAUAGACAAUACCGGCGUUCUGGGGCAAAGGGUCGGCAGUUUCGAAGAGGGUUGUUAUGCACUUGUAAUUCCACGAGCAAUUGUGCAGAGUUCUACAGCGUAUUCGGACCUUGCACAGAGAGCAUCUAAUCUGGAAAGCACAAUAUAG